AUGACAAUCUCUGGAUGCUUUGUAGAGCUGAGUCUGACGUACCAGAUACACCAGUUGGACAGUUGCUGGUUGGACGUGCUGAUGCUUGGUCUGAUGUGGAGGUCUAUUGACCACCCUGGGAAACUCAUCUUCUCAGCAGACCUAAAGCUCAACAGAGAAGAGGGGAACUGUGUGAAGGGCAUCAUGAUUAUAUUUGACAAGCUACUGGCAGCCACCACCAGGUUUCGAGAGCUGAAUCUCCAGAGAGAGGAGUAUGUCUGUCUGAAAGCCAUGAUCCUCCUCAACUCCAGUAAGUCAAAUGAUCAUGACGACAGCACAGUCAGGGAGUUAGCCAGAGCCUCCCUCUUACUUGACCUACGGAGGAGGAAGGUCCCAUUGGCCACGGACAUUGAGGACAACUUCCUGCACUUCUGGAGGAAGGCCAACGGACAAUUGGACACUCGUGCUGUGGGCUUUGGAGUCUGGUCAGACUGGCCGGACCUCAAUGACCUGUGCAACCGGACUGGAGUAGAGCUCAGAUGGACACGGACUCACUGUUAA